UUUGUACACGAAACAAACUGGGAACAAUCCGCAGCAAUUGCAGUUGAACGACGUCGCUGGAUUGAAAAAGAGCCAGUUUAACGCGAGAAAGGAAACAAAAUUCGUUACCCAUGGAUGGAUGAAUUCCAAAAAGAGCAAAGCUUGCACCUUGGUUCGCGAGGCAUUUCUAAGAAACGGCGAUUAUAACGUGAUAGUGGUUGAUUGGAGCUCCAUAUCUAAGAGACCAUACUUAUGGGCAAGCAAACGCGUUCUGAUGGUAGCUCAAUACGUUUCCAAAAUGAUUGACUUCCUCGUGUCGCAAGGAAUGAGAACGUCUCAACUGACUAUCGUUGGCCAUUCACUAGGUGGUCACAUCGCUGGACUGUCAUCUUAUUAUGCGAAAAGCAAAGCACAUUACGUCGUUGCUCUGGACCCAGCUUUGCCUAACUUCUACUCAUCUGGCCAAGGUACCAGAGUGUCUAAAGGCGACGCGAACUAUGUUCAAGUGAUCCACACGAACGCUGGUGGCCUAGGUUACAAAUCAUCCAUAGGCGAUGCUGACUAUUUCCCAAAUGGUGGUACAAAACAGAAUGGUUGCAUAAACGUCGACGGCGGCGCGUGUUCACAUUCUCGAUCAUACUUUUAUUACGCGGAAUCCAUCGACAGUAAAGUAGGAUUUGCAGGAAGGAAUUGCGACAAUUAUGACAACUAUCUGAAUGGUAAAUGCAAGACGAAUCUUCUUAGCCUGAUGGGAGGUCUUCUGCCGAAGUUUAAUAUCAAGGGCAACUUUUAUUUGAAGACAACCAAUAAGUCACCGUUCGCUAUGGGUAACUUAGUCGAUUAUUAAGCCACAGAGAA